AUGCGUUUUGGGACUUGGAACAUUGCUUCUUUGACAGGGAGAUUAGUCAAAGUAGUAGAGGUUAUGAGAAGGAGGAGAAUUAACAUAUUAUGUUUGCAGGAGACUAAGUGGGUUGGAAACAAGGCAAGAGAAAUAGCUCCAUGGGGUUAUAAGCUUUGGUAUUCGGGAAAAACUAGGGGUAGGAAUGGGGUAGGUAUCCUUAUUGACCGAGAAUAUAUUGAUGAUUUAGUGGACGUGUCCCGAAAGAGUGAUCGAAUUAUGAGUAUUAAGCUUGUGAUAGGGGAUGAAGUUGUAACUAUUGUGAGUGCCUAUGCACCACAAGUAGCACUGGAUGCUUCAACUAGACAAGAAUUUUGGGAGGAUUUAGAAGAAGUGGUGCAAAGUGUCCCUAGAAGUGAGAAACUGAUCAUUGGUGGGGAUCUCAACGGACAUGUAGGCUCGAGUCGCGAUGGAUUUGAAAGCAUUCAUGGUGGUUUUGGGUAUGGGGAGCGGAAUGAAGCGGGAAAUGCUAUUUUGGAUUUUGCAUUGGCAUAUGACUUGGGAAUAAUGAACACUUGUGCUACACCAAUUGUAAGGUGA